CCUCUAAUCAAAUCCCCAAACCAAUCAAUUUCAGUUCCCGAUCCACCUCUCUUUCUUCUAGGGUUUGGUUUCUUUUUCCCCAUUUAAAAUACGCGAUCUUUCGAUCUUCAAAACCCUUAAUUAUAUAUAUGCCAUGUAUAGCAAUUUCAAGGAGCAAGCAAUAGAGUACGUGAAGCAAGCUGUACAAGAAGAUAAUGCCGGAAAUUACGCAAAAGCGUUUCCGUUGUAUAUGAACGCUUUGGAGUACUUCAAGACUCACUUAAAGUACGAAAAAAACCCUAAGAUUCGUGAAGCGAUUACGCAGAAAUUCACCGAGUAUUUGCAUCGCGCGGAGGAGAUUAGGGCUGUUCUCGAUGAAGGAGGUACGGGGCCGGCGGCGAACGGAGGUGAUGCGGCGGUGGCGGCCAGGCCAAAGACGAAACCUAAAGAUGGGGAAGGGGGAGGAGGAGAUGGGGAGGAUCCUGAGCAGUCUAAGCUUAGGGCUGGAUUGAACUCUGCGAUUGUUCGGGAGAAACCUAAUGUGAAGUGGAACGACGUUGCUGGACUCGAGAGUGCUAAGCAGGCUCUACAGGAAGCGGUUAUUCUACCGGUUAAGUUUCCGCAGUUCUUUACUGGUAAGAGGCGGCCUUGGAGAGCUUUUCUUUUAUAUGGUCCACCUGGGACAGGAAAAUCAUACUUAGCAAAGGCUGUUGCAACUGAAGCAGACUCUACAUUUUUCAGUGUUUCUUCUUCAGAUCUUGUUUCAAAGUGGAUGGGGGAAAGUGAAAAGCUGGUGUCAAAUCUUUUCCAAAUGGCUCGUGAAAGUGCACCAUCCAUCAUUUUUAUUGAUGAGAUUGAUUCUCUGAGUGGCCAGCGUGGAGAAGGCAAUGAGAGUGAAGCUUCAAGACGAAUCAAAACUGAAAUUCUUGUUCAGAUGCAGGGCGUAGGACACAAUGAUGACAAAGUUUUAGUACUUGCUGCAACAAAUACACCCUACUCGCUGGAUCAGGCUAUCCGGCGGCGAUUUGACAAGCGUAUAUACAUUCCACUCCCAGAUAUGAAGGCACGACAACACAUGUUUAAAGUGCAUUUGGGAGAUACUCCUAAUAAUUUGACUGAAAGCGACUUUGAAACCUUGGCUCGUAAGACUGAAGGAUUUUCUGGUUCCGAUAUUGCUGUUUGUGUUAAGGACGUUCUAUUUGAACCUGUACGUAAAACUCAGGAUGCCAUGUUCUUUGUUGAGACGAAUGAUGGCUUAUGGGUACCGUGUGGGCCAAAACAACCAGGCGCUAAGCAGAUAACUAUGCAGGAGCUUGCCACACACGGGCUUGCAGCAAAGAUUAGUCCCCCGCCCAUCGUACGAGCAGACUUUGACAAGGUUCUGGCGAGGCAGAGGCCAACCGUGAGCAAAAGCGAUCUUGAGGUCCACGAGAGAUUCACAAAGGAGUUUGGGGAGGAAGGUUAAAAGAAAAUAUAUGUGUAUGUCUGGUACCUACUACUUUGGAUCAUAAUUCCAAGCUUCCUCUCCUGCAGGUAACUGUUUUUAUAUUCUGAAACUAAUGAGAAAAUCAAAGUGUGAUUGAUUGACUUUUCAAAUUGCUUGUAUAAAAGAUAUUUAUGAACCAUCCAUCGAAUCGUAUGUUCUGCUUUUACCCGUCUUC